UUCUCUUCAGUGAAAUUUAUGGAUAUCACGCACUAUUUUGGAAGCAUUCAGAACGAUGCGGAGUCCUUCCGGUUCUUUAUUCCUUGGCGUUGUGUUGAUAUUUGUUACGGAAGCAGUUCGAUGGCCUCGAGGUACAUACACUCUUGUUAAACCAAGAACUGGUUGUCCCCGAGGAUGGCACGAGGGAUGGCGACAUCAAGACAACGAGGAUAGCAACAACAAGAAUUAUCUGAUACCAAGACAUCACUUUGCUGGUUCCUUCGGUAAAGACAUGCGUUUUCAUUACUGCACAAAGGACCCUCAUAAAGGAAGCCGAAAAGGAAAUUGGCCCCGAGGAAACUAUUGCAUUCUUAAGCAUGGAAUGUCCUGUCCAAAAGGUUUUCGGGAAGGAAAGGUCCUUUGGGACGACGAGGACAAGAGAAAUUCUAAUAGAUAUGGUGGAACCUUGCCACGUGGUACUUACAGUCAAGAUACACGAAUUUAUUACUGUUGUCGAAAUGAUGGCUCAUUCAGAAAAAGAAUCCGACUUCCGACCAAAACUCCCUUCUACUUGUUAAGAUUUCGGGCACCUUGCCAGCGGGUUCAGGGUAUGUAUGUGAGGGAGGAAACAGUGCAUUUUGAUGACGAGGACAGCAGGAACAAGAAUGCUGCCCACGGGUGGUAUCCUAUGGGAGCAGGUGGAAGGGAUCACAACCUGCACUACUGCUUUUACAGACGAUAGUCAUUGUACGAAACAGUGGUUUGGUACCACAGAAAUUUUAGAAGUAAAGAUAAUUACAUGACAAAAAA